AUGCUGCCAAGUUCUCAAUUGCAAGUGCUACGUCGCACCCCUAAUGCUUUCCAACUAACUCUAGUACGUGCCUUAUCGGUCCAAAGAGGCAAUGCCACCACAGAAGAGCUGCUGCAUGCAUUGGACAAGUUUCAGAAAGAAUCGGCCAGGAAGACGGUCCCGUGGUUCUUGGCGAAUAUGCCGCCCUCUUACUUUCGCUCUAUCCAUGAGGAGGACCGUUUGCAACACCUUAACGCCAUCACAGCGCUCGUAAAUGCCCAGCAGCCCGCAGUGUUGCUUCGGUCGCUCGACCAUCGUGUCUUCUCACACUUUCGCUCGGGCGCCAACUUUCCUGGUCGCUUGGCUAAUGUACUGGAUCAAUUGCCACAAUCAGUGGAUGGAACGACUCUUGCUCGUGUAAAAAUCUUCACUGCUCGGGAUGACUCCUUGGGGCUCGACAUUUUCCGCUUUGGCCAGCAAGAGCCGUUUUUAAACAAGACAGAAGAUGAAAAACAAGCUCGGAGUACGAUUCAGACAUUCUGUGCAGAGAUUCAAGCAGGAAAAUAUGCCGGUGACAAGUCCUAUCCGGAAGCUGGCCCACAUUUUGAACCAGAGGCAAUCGACACCUUUUUGAACCACAGCAACACCAUGUACGUGCAGUUUAGUAACCCACGUCGAUUGGCAUGGCAGAUGGAACUAUUCAGCAGAGUACGCGGUACGGAAAGUGUUGCGGUGCAUGUAGAGCACAAGUGGGAGACUCGCAGCGACGAGAACAAGCUUGCUAGUGGGACGAUCCCGCAGACGAUGCUGACUAUUGCAGCGUCCAACGUUAUUCCUAAGAGUUUCAUGCAGAAAGCUGCGACGUACCUCGGUCUGUGCAACUUGAACGUGGUGCGUGCGCACUUGGACGUGGUGAAGGACCCGCAGAACAACGAAGCCCACAUUGCUAUGAUUCGAAUCCUCGUGCAGCCCAGCGCGCAAGUUUUGGAGGAUAAGUUUGAGUUCGAGUGGAGCAAGAUCGCGGGUAAUCUCAAGUAUCUCAAGUGGGUGGAUGAUCGCCCCUUGCAAUUGACGUUGCAGCACCCAGACCUGGGACUUUCACGUGCUGAGGUCAUCCACGCGUACGGCAACAUGCUACACGGUGUGUUGGCGAAGAAGGACCCCUUUGCAUACUCACUGAUGCGAAUUUUGGAGAUACUGGAGCACGCCCAACACUUGCCUUUGGCUUCGCGUAUUGCCGACUUCUUCCUGAAUAAAUUCGACCCACAGCAGGAACGCAUCAUGACAGAUGCAGAGCAGGAUGCGAUUGUCGACGAGCUCAAGAAGGCGAUCCGCCACAAUGUCGAGCUGGAGGAGGCCAUCCUACUCCUGAACAGCAUGACAGACGCUGUCCGAGGUACGCUGCGUACGAACAAGUUCGUUCACGACCGCUACGCGUUGUCGCUGCGCAUGGACCCGAAUGUUAUGGGCUAUGGUACCGUCGGCAAGGACACUCCGUACGGCGUGUUCUUUAUCUACGGCCGUCGGUUCAAGGGCUUCCAUGUACGCUUCCGUGACAUUGCUCGCGGUGGUCUGCGUAUGGUAUACCCCGGCACGACAGAUGCUCACGCGCUUGAGAGCUCUCGCCAGUACAAUGAAGCAUAUAACUUGGCUUUUGCUCAACAACUCAAGAAUAAAGACAUUCCGGAGGGCGGUUCCAAGGCUGUGGUACUUUGCGACCCUAUCGUCGGACCUAUUGGUGACGUUGCUCCGCGUGACUUCAUUAUCCGUAAGAGUGUUAAGGCUUUCUCAGAUGCACUGCUAGACCUCAACACCACGGAUGAAGAGGUCAGAUCAAAAAUCGUAGAUUACUACGGCAAGGACGAGCUGAUCUACUUGGGUCCGGAUGAGAACAUUAUCCCGAGUGACAUUGUCUGGAUGACGAAGCGAGCUGCGUACCGCGGUUACCCGAUUCCGCGUGCCUUUAUCAGCUCAAAGCCCGACGCUGGAUUCAACCAUAAGGUGUACGGUGUCACGAGUGAAGGCGUGGCUGUGUUCGCUGAUGUGGCUUUGCGCUCACAAAAUAUCGACCCUAACAACCAGCCGUUCACGGUCAAGAUUACGGGUGGCACUGAUGGUGACGUCGCUGGCAAUGUUAUUAACAUUCUGCACCGCGAGUACGGAAACAAUGUGCGUAUUGUUGGCAUUUGCGAUGGCACGGGUGUGAUUGAGGAUCCACAGGGUCUGGACAUGCAGGAGCUUCUGCGUCUUGUGCAUGAGUCGCUGCCAUUGUCGAGUUUCGAUGAAUCUAAGGUUGCAGCUAGUGGCGUGAAGUACGACAUUAAUACACAGGAGGGAGUCCGCGCACGUAAUUCGAUGCACAACCGCAUCAAGAGCGACUUAUUCAUUCCUGCUGGAGGUCGGCCUAAUACCAUUAACGAGAACAACUGGCGCGACUACCUGGACGCCGAUGGAAAGCCAUCGUCAGGCUUGAUUGUGGAAGGUGCCAACCUAUUCAUCACGCCCGAAGCGCGUCAACUGCUUUUCGACAACGCUGGUGUUGUGAUUGUGAAGGACAGUUCGGCCAACAAAUGCGGUGUGGUUUGCUCUUCGUACGAAAUUGUUGCUAGCAUGUUGCUGGAGACAGACGAGUUCCUGGCUGUCAAGGACGAACUCGUCCUGGAGGUAGUGGACAAGCUGCGUGCGUUGGCACGCGUGGAGGCACAGCUUCUCUUCCGCGAAUGUAAGAAGGACCCGACAUCGGCACUUCCGCCCGCCAGUGAGCGCAUCAGUCGCGCAAUCACUCGCGUGCACGACGCGGUUCUGGCUCAUUUUGACAAUGUGUGCGAAGAGGACCAGCAGGUCCUGUUUACCCUUAUCGAGGAGCACCUGCCGCCCAAGCUUCGCGAGCUGGCGCUGGACCGAGUGCAGCAGAAUGUGCCGCUCGCUUACUUGCGUUCCAUUGUGGCCUCGAGUCUGGCCAGCAAGAUUGUGUAUCGUGAAGGUCUGCAAUUCGCUGAGGCACUACCGGACACCAACUUGGGCAACAUGGCGUUACAGUACCUAAAGCAGGAGAAGAAGGUGCAGCGCCUCGUGCACGACGUACGCUCGUCGCAGCUUCCAAACAAGGACGAUAUCGCCGAUUUGCUCGCACGUGGCGGUGUUCGUGCCGGAAUGGACACGCCUCACUAG